CCGGCUGCUGGUGCUCCGGGUCGCCGCCGCCCGCCGCGCACGUGCGGCUGGGGCCGUGCACCGCAGCUCACGCGCCGCGGCCGCUUUUGUUGCGUCUGAACUUACGGCACCAUGCACACGCAGGGCUCGGCGGGCGCGGGCGACGAGCGCGCGGUUGGCAUCAUGGAUAUAUGUGAAUCAAUCCUGGAGAGGAAGUGGCAUGACAGCAAAAGGUCUAAGUGCAGCAUCUUGGAGCAGACAGACAUGGAAGCUGUUGAGGCUCUUGUUUGCAUGAGCUCUUGGGGUCAAAGAUCCCAGAAAGGUGACCUAUUGAAGAUAAGACCCCUCACACCUGUCUCUGACUCUGGGGACUUCACCACUACUGUGCAUAUGGACGCAGCCACACCUGAGCUACCAAAGGACUUCCAUUCUUUAUCAACUCUGUGCAUAACUCCUCCUCAGAGCCCUGAUCUCAUGGAGCCACCAACAGGAGCACAUGUUCCUUCCCAAGUAACUGAUUCCAAAGCAUGCAUGGUCAUGGCCAUCCCCUCAUCCUCUGCCGUGGCAGCCAGAGUGCUGAGCAGGAGAGCAGAGAGGGGCUUGCCAGGUUUGAAGCCAGAGCCGCUGGAGCCACCCCCCGGCCCCUCCUGCAGGGCUGUGCUGACAAGUGUGAUCCGACACACCGGGGAGAGUCCUGCCCCCGCCCACUUUCUUACUGCGCAGACUCAAGAACAACGAAUUUUCAGCAACACAGAAGGGAAAGCACAGUUUCUGGGACAUUUUGAAGCUUUGCAGGACACACACCUCGCAGGCAGUUUACUCAACACUAACUCAGUGUCCUGUCAGCCUUGCUUGCAUGAGGCUGGUGUCCUGUUCCCCACUGACAGAGGCCAGCAGGCGGGGUGGCCCGUUGCAGUUCAGACCUGCUCACCAAAGAAUUAUGAAAAUGACUUGCCAAGGAAAAACACCCCUCUGAUUUCUGUCCCUGUCCCCAGUCUCCCUGUCCUUUGCCAAAUGAUUCCUGUGACUGGACAAAGUAGCACGUUACCAGCUUUUUUGAAACCCCCUCCCCAGUUGUCUGUGGGGACUGUCAAACCCAUCCUACCCCAGGCUGCUCCAGUGCCCCAGCCUGUGUUCAUGGGACCACCUGCGCCUCAGGGAACUGUGAUGCUGGUUCUGCCCCAGGGAGCCUUCUCCCAGCCUGCCACCUGCUCAUCGAGUGUCAUGGCUGUUGGGAAUACCAAGUUCUUGCCCCUUGCCCCUGCUCCAGUGUUCAUUGCCUCCAGCCAAAACUGUGCCCCUCAGGUAGACUUUUCCCGAAGGAGAAACUAUGUUUGCAACUUCCCAGGCUGCCGGAAGACUUACUUCAAAAGUUCCCACCUCAAGGCUCAUCUUCGUACUCACACAGGGGAGAAGCCUUUUACCUGCAGCUGGGAUGGAUGUGAUAAAAAGUUUGCUCGUUCAGAUGAGCUGUCUCGCCACCGCAGAACACACACAGGGGAGAAGAAGUUCAUGUGUCCGGUGUGUGACCGGCGUUUCAUGCGCAGCGACCACCUGACCAAGCACGCCCGGCGCCACAUGACUGCCAAGAAGAUCCCAGGCUGGCAGGCAGAGGUUGGCAAACUGAACAGGAGUGCCUCAGCAGAGAGCCCUGGGAGCCCGCUCGCAACCACGCAGGCCUCCGCCUGAAAGGUUGGGGAGGCCAUUGCCUGUGGCAUUUUAAAAGCCUCUUUUUAGGAAUGGAACUGAUGGGUUCCUCUCCAAAAAAAAAAAAGAAAAAGAGGCUAGGGAAGGAUGGGGAGCUGGUUUAUUGAAAGUACGUUAACUUUUCUUUCUGGUUGGGACCCUGUUCAAUAUCUUUUGUAGUUUCGGAAUUUUUUUUUUUUUUUUUUCCAGGAAAUGGAAGAAAUUUGAUAAUCUAAAUCACCAGCAUUUAAACAAACAUUUUGGCAAUAAAGUUUAUAAAAUCUGGUUUUUUUACAACCUUUCCACUCAUGUUUUCUAGAGAUGAGACAGGGUACUAAUUUUUAUACUGUUUUUUAUAAAAAUAUUUAUACUGUUGGUGCUCAGAUCACCAGUUUCUAGAUAGAUGAUUUUACAGCCUUCUUUUCAGUGUUUAAUAACAAAGUUUUUACAUAAUGACCCUGCUUUGAGUAAACUUGGCACAUUUUCAGCCAAAAGAUAUGACAAGUUUUUUAUCAGGCUUUUUUCGAUCUAAGGAUUUUUUGGGAGUCAGAACUGGUUGAAUAAGGGGCUCUUAAAGAAAAGGGAAAAAUAAAUUUCACAAGCAACCUCUUCAUAACAUUUUGAAGGGAAAUUCCAGGAAACCAUUCCUGUAGCCUAAGGAACUAAAAUUUUGGUUCACCAGAACUAGUCACCUGUGUUCAUGGUGUGACUUGUGAAGGAUGUACCCCAGAGGGUAACUUAAGCUCUGGGUAGAUCCCAGUGACCAGGAGCUGCUGCAGGAUCUGAGUGUGCAUAAUAUUUGUCUUUUGGGCUGUUGUUCUGCUGAAAGCAAGCCAUUCCAUUUCCCAUUUGUACCUAAAACACCAAAAAAGAUAUGUAAACACUCAAACCCAGCCGCUUUGUCAGUUGUCAAUUGACUUCUUUUGAUGUGGCCUUAUCCAUACUACAUUGUGGUUAGAGUAACUUCUGAGAAAAAAAGGAAAUGUCCGUAUUGGCUGGAAGAACUUUCCACCAAAGUACAGCUUAUCUGAAGUGAGAUGCGUGUGCAGUCAGCUUGGAGCUCUGAUUCCUGUUAAAAUCUGUAGGAAAUGCGAGAUAUGCCAAAUGGCAGUAAUACUACCCAGCUGCCAUUUCAUUUUGUUUGAAAGAAAUUGUUUUGAUCAAAUAGGAAAUUACUUGGAAUGGUUUUUGUUUGUUUGUUUUUUUUUUUGUUUUGUUUUUUGUUUUCUUAGAAAAUAGAAUUUAGGCACCACUUUAAGCUGUGAGUACAUGUCCUAGAUAUACAAAACUGUGGCCUCCUGUGUCCAAGAAGCCACCAAAACUGGUUUUUCUAAGUGUUGGAAAUUCAGGCGACAGAGUAAAUGUAAGAACACAUGGAAUGUUGCACUACUUCGGUAGCCUGAGAAUAUUUUUUUAUUGUGCAGUAUGUAUUUAGAUUUUGUCCUUGUCUUUUAGUUAUUGGCAUUUACAUUUAUUAAAAUGAUGUUAAGGUGAAAUACUGAAUAUUAAAUAAAAUUAGGUUUUGUGUUGAGGUCUGUUUGGCCUGAUACAACGCUCGCCUGGCCAUUCAUUGUAUUCUUGAUUCCCAUUACGCUGCUUAGUAUCAACUCCUAUUUGACAGUUAUAUGUGUAUGUAUUUUUAGGAGGUUUUCAGGUUUUUGGACACUUUCAUAGGUGAGUAUUUCUGUUGUUAUGAGACAUAUACACUUGCAGGAGAACCAUAAUUGUACAUGGCUAUGUUUUUCCCCACCACCCCAGUCCCUUCUCCUACUCACCUUAAUUCAGCAUAAACAUUUUGACUAUGUGUAUGCCAUAAAUGGCAUCAAAUUUUGGUUUUUUCUUAUUGAUGAUAUACAAAGUAAUGUUAGUCCUACUAGUGUUCUGGUGGAUUAUAUAAGGUCUUACUUCAUUCUCUGAGCAGUGUUGUCUCUAAAGAAUAGAUUGUUGAAAAUGGUUUUUUUAAUUUAAGCCUCCGUUUCCUGAUUAGAUUUAGAAAUACCUUCUGUAAACGAUUUCACCCGUCUGUUUGUUGAAAGAUUAUAAGUUGGGAAGCAGUCCUGCCUGAAAAACAGUCUCCUGAGAACCAUCACCGUUGCUGGUGGUGGUUUCGGGCAGAGCCCUCCAGGACGUCCUGGGUGUGGGGGCAAAGCGUGGAGAGGCGGGGUCCGUGGUGCACUUUAUUGCCUGAGCAAUUUUGCUUCAUCUUUUUUGACUUGGAGCCUUUUAAGUAAUUUCAGUAAUAUUUUAAAUGUCUCAUAAUUAUGCUUUAUGUAUCAGACUUUAUUAUUUAAAUGAGUAUGUGUAUU